CCGGCAUGAGGACCCUCACCCUCCUGGUUGCCCUUCUCCUGGUGGCCCUCCAGGCCCAGGCUGCGCUCCUGCGAGAGGAGGCCCCAGACCAUGAGCAGCCUGGGCUACAGGAUGAGGAUUUGACCAUUUCCAUCACAUUGAAUAAAGACUCCGUCCUUCAAGCUCCAGUGAUGGGGGAGAUCUGCUUCUGCAAACUAUUCUGUUUUCCUUGGGAACGUCACCGUGGUCGCUGCCUCCGGUUCCUGAAAAAAUGCUGCAUCUGACCAUGGAGAAUCAGGAAAAGCAGCUCAGUAUUUGCUUGGAGAGCAGAAGAGUAUCACUGUCACUCCUCUACCUCAUCCCCAGUUGGCUUUCCCCAUCCCAAAUAAAGUACU